AAAUUCUGGAAGAUAAUGUGCUCUUGGUUGAGCUUUUCGAUUCUCUUGGUGCUCCUGGAAUGACUCCUACUAGUAUAAAUGACCAGCUAGUCAAAGAGGGACUAGCAUCUUAUGAAGUAGGAUAUAGCCUCAAGGAUAAUUGCAAAAAGCAUAUUGAAGUAUGGGAUCCUUCUCCAGAAGAAAUUAUUUCAAAUGAAGUAAACAGCUUAAAUCCUGUGUCUGUAAAAUCUCUACCUAAUGAGAAUCUCCCAUCACUUUAUAAUAAGGAACUGCCUGUACAUAUCUGUAAUGUGAUAUCUCCUGAGAAGAUUUAUGUUCAGUGGUUAUUAACAGAAAACUUACUUAAUAGUUUAGAAGAAAAGAUGAUAGCUGCUUAUGAAAACUCAAAGUGGGAACCUAUUAAAUGGGAAAACGAUAUGCACUGUGCUGUUAAGGUCCCUGAUAAAAAUCAGUGGCGAAGAGGCCAGAUCAUCAGAAUGGUUACAGACACACUGGUAGAGGUCUUGCUGUAUGAUGUGGGUGUUGAACUAGUCGUGAAUAUUACGUGUUUACGAGAACUUCAAGAAAACCUAAGGACAAUGGGAAGAUUAUCUUUGGAAUGCUCUCUUAUUGACAUAAG